AUGGACAAAUUCCGGACAGUGCAUCGAGUUGAGAGGCGCGCAUACGGCUCCUCGUUACGGUUCUUACUGCGCAGCGCUGUCUACCUUGAUGCGGCGAUGCUGGGUGUUCUCACGGCAUUGUUGGGAGCUUUCAUCUACGAGGGACUGUGGAUCUCUGACGACAUGGGGAAACGAGCUCGUCAGCAGGGCAUGCAGGCUCUGGAGAACGAAGGUGACACUACAAGCCCGGGACUCCAUCUGCUAGGGUCCACAUUUCACACCGCGGGACGUUCCAUUGUCAGUCAAUAUCAAUCAGAGACUACAGACUUGGCGGAAACCUUCAUCCGCAAUGCCCAUCCAUACCUCAUGCGCGUUGCUCACAUGGCAGGAGUCGUGAACGACAAGGUUGCCAACCUGACCUGGCAAUUGGAAGUACCCGCACAAGUCCAAGAAGUCAUGCACAAAGCAGCAGCAUUCCAGCUGGACCUGGCGCGUACGGGCUAUGACUUCAAGUUGUUUUGGCCAGGAGCUGGUUCACUGUUCGACAACACGUCCAUGAGCCCGCUGUAUGCACACAGCCCUCGGGAGCUUCAGGAGCCUCACGAGGUUGCUUACACGCUGUUUCCCGGGGUGGCGAUAUUGCCACCGCAUUCGUCCGAGUUUGUCAUGAUACGAUGCGCGGACGUGAUGUCCAGGCGGAAGCUUCAAGCGCACAGCUCGGCCAUGGACGUCGCAGUGAGUACUAGCGAUGUCCAUGACACUCCAACAUCGUUGUCGUCGCGCACGAUGAAAGCAGACUUGGACUCUAUCGACGCAGAUAUGGAUUCAUCACGGCCAUCUUUGACAACCACCGCCGGACCAGACGUCGCCCAAGACAAAACGAGAGUGGCAGAUAGAUCUCUCCCGGUCAAGCUCAAGAUGCCCAAGCACAAGCUGCCCAAGGCCAAACUGACCAAACUCAAGCUCAAGCCGUUCAAAGCCCCAAAGUCCACUCAGCCCACUGUCAGACACAGCGCCGAGGAUUGGAGGUCUCUUCCUAACUACUGUCCCCCCCACACAAUCACUCGACGACGCCGCUUCCAACAAGCUUGA